AUGAUUCUAAAUUUCUGGACGGUACUGCUUCCUUUUAUUCUUCUGCAAAAUACUCACCGUGUACAGUCGAUAACUGCUGAGUAUAUAAGCGAAGAAACAAGUACCAAAUUACAAAAUACUGAAUCACCAAUAACUACCACAACUGUUGAGGAAACUGAGGAGAUUUUUGAACCGGAUGAAGAGGAUGAUACGAGUUUUGAGCAAUUUUUGAAAAGUGAGUUCGACUACGAUGAAUUUUUAGCAGCACCACUAACUGUUGGUAAUUUAGUUAUACCAUUCAAGGAUAUUACCAAUGAUACAUUCUGGAAAUUUGGAGAAGUUCAGUUUGCAAAAUUACGACAAUAUGUGGAAAAAAAUGUAACUGAAGAACUGGAAGCACUUGGAACAAAACCGUGGUUAUCAUGCGAACGAAUCAAAGAGGAAUUGGCACGAUGUAUGCACUAUCAUUACGGAACAGUUAGCGAACAAGAAUUUGUUUAUAACAAAGAUAUGUAUGGAUGGAUGCAUGUCAUGAAAUUUACCUGUUACAAACGUAACGAUAUGUUGUACUAUGGAAUGGGAUUUGGCAGAUUUCGUUUCCGACUGAAAGAAAUUUUGUUACGUAAUGAAAAAAGCUAUUGGGGACGAUCGACAAGGGAUGUAACGAUGCGUGAUGUGCAAAAAAUUAUGGAACUGUUUUUACGCGAAUUUGCUAAUAAAAUUCGAAAAAAGUCGCUUAGCGACGUCAAAAAGAUACUUCCUUUCAGAGGCAAAAUAAUAAAUAAUCCGAGAUUUUUGAAUCUUUCUACCGAAAUGGUUGAUGAAGUAUAUACGCUGUUUCCAGAAGAAGAUGUUGCUGAAGUUCCUCAUCAAACACGAGAACGUACCUUCAGUUUUGUUUCAAUACCGAUUAGAAUCCGUGUGGCAGUAUUAAGUCGAUAUGAGAUACCGCCCAUUGUCGACAUUUAUUACCAAGAUUUAAGCGCCGAUAGUCAAACGGCAAUCGAAAUGUGUGCUAAGAAAUUCUGCACGACAACUGAUCAGGUGAUGGAAGUUGCGACUGGUAAUCGUAAUCAUCUAGCAUUUUUCAAAGAUCGAGCUCUCCGUUACGAUAUCACACAUGAUGAAGCAUUUAUUGUUUAUGCAACUUCAAGACCAGAAUUUCAGCUAGCAAAAAGAAAAAAAAAGAAGAAUGGCAAAAUUAUUGAUAUCAAACAAGAUUUUGACGAGGAAACCGUAAACAUUUGGUACGAUCUGUUGGACUCACAAGUUGCAAGUAACUUCUACAUGCAGCACUCAGGGAUUUUUGUUUAA